AGAAACCUGAGGAAAUAACGAAGCCAGCUUGCCUAGAGAGAAGAAUUGUGUGACGUAAACGACGAUCCAAACAAGUAUCAGCUGUGUGGCAGUCAUUGUUCGUAUUCGUGUUGGCAGUCACACAAAAAUAUAAUUUUUUUUGUGUUUUCUUAAUCGUUUUUGUGGUAUUGUGGACGUUCUGGGUGGACGCUUUAGCAAGAGGCAAAGAGGAACGUCGUAGUCCUGUGUUGAAGAGUUCACGGAUACGUAAAAAUUGUUGAAAAGUGGGGGAGUAACGGAGGACAAGAAAGAAAACGAAACGCUGGUUUUCGUUCGUGAUAUCGUGGCUGCUUACGGCCCCACCAACGCACCACCUCGGGGACAAUAAUCGUGUAAAAAACGGGGCGGUACGCGCGUAAGCCUGGCCUCGAGCGGCGAGUCGGACGACGGUGGGCUCGCUCCGCCACCGCGCAAAAGGUCCCGUAGUUCGCUCACGACUACCCUAAGACCAGCGGACGAGUACCACACCAGCACAACAAUGGAUAAUUAUCGCAUGAUGCAGCAAGCCUCUAAUGGAGCAGCAGUUUCCAAUGUCCCUCAGCAAAAUGGAGCAGCUCCUGAUUCCGGUGGAUCUCAUGCUAAUGGAGAUGCUUUACCAAGAUGUGAUGGUGAUGUUAAUGGUGUAAAUGGAGAAAGUCAACCAUUAGGUCCACCAAAGAUAAUGGAUAAAACAAAUCAAGAUAUUGUCAGGUUGAUUGGUCAGCACUUAAAGGCAGUUGGACUCGAUCGAACUGCUGACCUCUUGAUGCAAGAAUCAGGUUGUCGUUUAGACCAUCCAUCGGCUGCGAAAUUCCGACAGCAUGUGAUGGAUGGCGAUUGGAGUAAAGCUGACCAUGACCUCAAUGAGCUCAAGGCCUUUUUAAAUAAUCCUAAUCAAAGUUUGGUGGAAAUGAAGUUUUUGCUUUUGGAGCAAAAGUAUCUGGAAUUUCUUGAAGAAGGUUUAGUUUUGGAAGCGCUACAAGUAUUGCGCAAUGAAUUGACGCCUUUAGGACACAACACAGGACGUGUGCACCAAUUAUCUGCGUUCAUGAUGUGUAGUGGAAGAGACGAACUCCAGACUCGAGCUGGAUGGGAUGGUAAAGGAGCAGCUUCUCGUGCUGCGCUGAUGGACAGACUACAAAGGUAUCUGCCUCCAUCGAUAAUGCUGCCACCAAAACGCCUUCAAUCUCUCCUUUGUCAAGCUGUAGAAAUGCAAAACCAGCAGUGCACUUAUCAUAUUUCACCAAACCAAGCCACUCUUGAAAGUGUUUCAUUGUUGGUUGAUCACAGCUGUAGUAAGGAACAUUUUCCAUGCCACACCACUCAAGUGCUCAACGAUCACUGUGAUGAAGUUUGGUAUUGUAAAUUUUCUCCUGACGGGCUUAAACUCGCUACUGGUUCUAAGGAUAUGACCGUCAUCAUUUGGGAUGUAGAUCCUGAAACCCUACGAGUGACACAUAGAAAGACCCUGGAAGGACAUACAUACGGUGUAGCAUUAAUUGCCUGGAGUCCUGAUAGCAGUCAUUUGAUUGCGUGCGGCCCUGAAGAUUGUCCAGAACUCUGGCUUUGGAGUGUUGACACUCCGGAUUGUGAACUACGUAUUAAACUGACUCACAGUUCUGAUGAUUCACUUACUGCCUGUGCUUGGCAUCGGGACGCUAAUAAAUUUGUGACUGGUGGCCUACGGGGACAGUUUUAUCAAUGCGACAUGGACGGAAAUAUAUUAGACUCUUGGGAGGGUGUAAGAGUCAAGUGUCUUUGGUGUAGAAGCGAUGGAAAGACAGUUUUGGCUGCUGAUAGUCACCAUCGUAUCCGUGGCUAUAAUUUUGAUGAACUUUGUGAUUUUACGAUUCUUCAAGAAGAUCAUCCAGUGAUGUCAUUUAGCGUAAACAAAGCGGAUCGAUUGGUACUGCUCAAUGUGGCUAAUCAGGGUGUACACUUAUGGGACCUGCAAGAUAGAUGCCUUGUCAGACGUUUUCAAGGAGUUACUCAAGGGCAUUUUACGAUUCACAGUUGUUUUGGUGGUGUGAACCAAGACUUUAUUGCAUCCGGUAGUGAAGACAAUAAAGUUUACGUGUGGCACAUCAAACGAGAAUUGCCAAUUGCAAUUCUUACUGGACACAGUAGGACAGUCAAUUGUGUUUCAUGGAAUCCCGUGUAUCAUCAAAUGAUGGCUUCAGUAUCUGAUGACUGCACGGUACGAAUAUGGGGGCCAAAGUUACCAUCUCCUGAUCGAGCUGAUAAUUCUAAGACUGGCUCAUCUGACAGCAGUUCUUCGAAUGGCAGCGGCUGGCAUGAAAUGGUGUCGUAGCGAACUAACGCUUAUAUAUUGUCCCAUGACCCCAUGGUGUUCAAAAGACUGUUAUGUUGAUCGUCGCUUUGAGUCUCCCAUUGUCCGCAAAUAAUUGUCAGAAAGUGGUUAACUGUGUUGUGAAAAAUUUUAUUCACUAAAAUAACACAAAUUAAAUGAGAGUACUCAAGUUAUCUGUGGAGCAAUUAAUAACCAAUUAAUCAAUUAUUUGGCAAUAUUAAUUGUCAUAUUAUGUCAAUCGAGACAUCAAUACUCUGCGGGUUGUUUUACUAUUAUUAAUAUUAAUUAUUAUUAUGAAUUAAUAUUAAUUAUAUAUUUUUUUGUAUAUUUUUUUUUUGAUUACUAAUUUGUAAAACUGAUAGUAAAAUUUCAAAGGUAAGGUUUACAAUCCGUUCCACAACGUAACGAUUAACUGGUUAAAGAGCAUAACGCGAUUAAAUAGAGUAGAAAUAAGAGGAAGUAGAAGAUAAUCCGAUCUCUGUGUCAAGAUUGGAUAUAUUGUAAGAAUUUAAUGGUUAAAAUAGUUACGGAUUAACGUUAUUGGAACGAGAACAUCUUCGAGCAUUCUUUUUUCUCAUCCUCUUUGGAGUAUCAAUUUAUUUAUCGUGCCAAUCGAGUAUUGAAAGAAAUUUAAUCUCCAAAUUUUCUUUGUGUAUAAGAUUUUAAGUAUAAUUUUUAUUAUUAUCUCUAUUAAUAUGAUUCAUAUGAUUAUUUUUAAUAUCCUUGGUUCUUUUUUUAAUUGUAUUGAAAUCGUGAUGAUGUAUUUAGCGUCUCGUGAUAUUAGUGACAAUUAAAAUGUAGUCAUUCAAAGACUACUUGAUUAAUAUUUUUGCUUUGUGCAAAAAAAUCUAUCUGUAGACGCUAAAUUCGUAAUGUUUUUUAUUUAUAUUAAAAAACAGCGAUUUUUUAUAAUGGUAGAAAAACUUAACUUUAAACGAAAAAAAAGCAAUUUACGAAUGUUACCUCUAACUUAUUAACUGCCAGCUUUUCUAUUAAAUAUUUAUGAUAAUCUUAUAUUUUAACCGAAUUAUUUUUCCGCACUUUAUUGCUACGAAACUUAAUGUUUCUAAAUGUUAUUUAUACAUUUCUGUACAAUGGAUUGAAUAAUUAUUUAUCCAUUUGACGUAUCAAUUUUUUGAAUGGCACAGUGGCAGUUAAUGAAGUAAGACUAUCAACAGUCUUGAAGAUGUUUUCAUAUGCGAAAUAGGAAUUAUAGUUCAGAAAGGUCUUACGACUUCAAGUGCAGUAUGAUGUAUAUGUACAGAUGAGUUUUCAAUAAAUCACAUUAGAAAGAAUA